UCGGUUUUCGCCAACGAGGAUUUGGUUACCGAGAGUUUGUUUGAACGGUCCUCAGAAAUUCGGAGCUUGUAGCUUCUCGGUGCGGUGCCUUCACUUUAAUGGCGGCAAUAUCCCCUGUUCAAUGCUUAUUCUCUUGCAAUUCUCAUCAUCAUCAUCAACAACGCGAGCAGAGUGGGUCGCUUUGGAGAUUGGGUUCUAGGGUUUUAGUAUCUUCGAGUCUAUGGAAGCUUUCUCUGUUCUCUGGACUCCAUUUGAACCGAAGGUGAUUAUGUUCUAGUUAACGAUUUCAGUAGGAUUUGGCCCUUGAAGCGAUGAUUCUGUGUAAUGCAGUUGGAUAUGAGAUAAUUGAUUGCAAUCUUUUGGGUCUAAUAAAACAGGAGAACUUUGAUCUGUGCAGUCAAGGGAGAUCCAGAAGAUGCCUUUAAGAAGACUGUCGAAAUCGAUCGGAUGAUUGAUGCUCUUAGAGAUGCAAACCCUAGACAAGUUGAGAAGAUUGUUGUUGAAAAUAUCCUUGCUUUUGAUGAGGUUUUUUGGAUAAGACUAGCAGCUAGGUCGGAUACUUGUAAAUCAGAAGAUGACAAGAAGGACUAUGAGGAGUUAGCUACAACUGUGAUGACUAUAGUUGACUGUGUUGUGAAUAAGACUCGGGAAAAGAUAGAGACGUCUACUGAUAUUCUGAAAGGGAUUUUAAGACCUGCUAUAGAUGGAGUGGAAGAGAUUUCAUGGCCGCCAAGAGAUCCUGAAGCCAUCAAUCUAAUGAAAAAGGAAAUUAUACAACGGGAAAAAGAAGGGCAAUUAGAUGAAGGAUUUCUUUCAGAAGUUAAUGCUCAGCUCCGGCAGGCAAAAGAAGAUAAAGACAAACCAGGGUUAUUGGCUAUGCUGCAAAAAGUUCUUCAACUCUAUUCUGCUACUAUCCUCUCCAAGCGUAGCUACGCAAAGAAAGGGAACGAAGUUGUAAAAGCCGAGCAUUUUCUUGAAACUCUGAUCAAAGCUCCUGAGGAACAAUGGAACAAGCUUUUCGUAGACGGGUUAACAAUCGGAAAAGGAGAUAUCACACCUGAUGAGCUAUCUGCUGUUAUCAAGAAACGAAUCGAGCGCACACUGAUUCGAACUGAAGGGGGUUCAUACCAGCAGCGAAUUUUGACCGAGUAUCUCAAAGGAAUCGAGUCCAGGGCUAAUGAAAUUAUGAAAUUACUCCAGGGUUAAUGUCGUAAAUCAUGUAUUUAUCUAUACAUUUUUGUGUAAUAUCAGUUCAAUAACCCCAAUUAAUAUAUUGUUUUCUCUCAUGUAAUAAUUUUUUGAUUGAGCAUUUGAAGUGUUAUCUGAUUUAAAAAUAUGAAGCUCUGUAGUCAAAAUUUUACAGAUUU